AAAAAAAAAAAAAAAAAAAAAAUAGGGAUUUAGCCACUGGGGGAAGAGCAAAGUAAGCGUAAAGUGAAAUAAAGAAGGUAAAAGAGAAAUAGAAAAGACCAUGAAAAAGCUUGAUGGAGUUUGAGAGUCAAAAUAUUAUUUGGGCGAAUUAAAAAUUCCUCUUCGUGGCUGUUUUAUUUUACCCACUCCUCUCUCUCUCUCUCUACUUUUUUCAACCUAUUUUUUUCUUCUUCUCUUGUUUCUGUAAUAGUUAAAGCAGGCACACCCUACACCCACACAGAGAAUAGAAAAUACGCACAGGCACGAAAAAAAAAUAAAACUCUAAAUAUGUCUCAGCCUGAAGAAUUAGUUGAUUCACACAGCGUCACUGAAUUUAUAUUGAUUGAACAAUUAAUUCAUGACAAUAAAGUUCGAACCGCCAUUGGAACAUAUAAAACCAAAGAAAGCGCAUAUGCAGCAGCACUUAUCCGUCAAAUGCAAUCAAUAGAAAAAUGUUCAGACAAGUGGAGUAAAACCAAGUUGGGAGAAAAACAAGCACAGAUUAUUGAAUUAUGCCGAUAUAUCAAGACAGACUUGACAAGCUAUGAGGCACGGUAUGAGUACGUUACAAAGCAAUGCACAGAUCUUUUUGAAGAUAUCUCGGAUGUACGCUAUAUAGUGGUCCCACUCAAGAUAGAUACCAACCCUCCAUUUAACGAAUCUGUCUUCAAGACCAAAAUUCGCAACUUUCUUGACGUAUUUCAAACCAAAUCAGAUAUUGAAGAGGAUUUAGGCAAUAGUGACGAUGAUGACGACGAUGAUGAUGAAGAGGAUUUAGAGGAGGAUUUGGAAGAGGAAGAUUUGGAAGAGGAUUUGGAAGAAGAAGAUUUAGAGGAGGAAGAUAUUGAAGAAGAAGACGAAGAGGAUCUUCCUACUAGUGAGCCACCUCUUGCGGAUUUGGAUGACAUCUCUGAUGAUGAUAUUGAAGAAGAAGAAGAAGACGAGGAGGAAGAGGAAGAAGAAGAAGAAGAGGAGGGUAGUAGUCAUUUAAAAAGAUCAUUUUCUGCACUUGAAGAAGAUGAAGAAGAAGAUGAAAUUGAUGAAGAUGGUGAAGAUGAAUUGGAUGAUGAUGAUGAUACGCUUUUACCCAACAAGAGAAAGCGUCUUGUUAUAUCAGAAGAUUAGAUUGUAACCCCAAAACCCACUCUUAUAAAAAAAACACUUAUUAUAUUAAUAGCAUGUCAUUUUCCUAUAUUCUAAUCUUUCAUCAUCAUGCACUCUAUAUUCACUCUCCAAAAAAAAAUGAUUAUUUCCUAAAAUAGGCUUUAAUAAAGUACGUCAAUUCAAGAUUAUUGGACACCGUCAUAUCAUCAUGCAUAUUUUAGUCUCCCACCCCCCAUUUUAAACAAUAAAAAGCGGCUAA